AAACUGUUUAUUUGGUUGAGUAAAGUGCUUCUGUUUAUUUACAGUUAGCAUUAGCAUUUAAUGCUCUAGCUUUACUUAAAUGCUAACCCUGAGUGUUACAGUAAGCCAGGGUGAUAUCAGCUAGCGGUUCGUCCCACGUAGCUUGUUUUAACACGGUAAACAUGCAGGUUACAGUCCAUAUACUCACCUCUGAACUGCGAAAGUGCUAGCAAGGUUUUCUGGGUAUCUCUUCUCUCUCUCGAGAAUUCUUCUAUGUGCGUGACGGCAAGACCUGGAAAGAUGCUCAGCUGUACUGCAGAACCACCUACACUGACCUGGCAACCAUAGACAGCAUGAAUGAGAAGACUAGGGCUAAAGGGAACGUGGAUUUUCUGUACAUUGGUAGUGUGUGGAUUGGUCUGACUAAGGUGGGCUACAUCCACUGGGGCUGGUCUAUGGGAGAGAACACUCUCUCAGACUACAACAACUGGAACAAAGAACAACCAGACAAUUCGUUUUUGGAAGGACACUGUGGAGCAAUUUCCCAAAUAAACGGAUACUGGUCUUCAGUCAGCUGCUUAGAAAUCUUGAACUUCGCAUGCUAUGAUGAGUCAGAUGGCAUGUUCUACCAACCAGUUGUGACUCUAAGUUGGAGUGAAGCUCAGACGUACUGCAGAAAUUUCCGCACGGACUUGGCCAGCAUCCGUAACCCCAGUGAACAGAGUCGAGUGUUCAAGUUCGUGGACACUACAGAUUACAUGUGGAUCGGGCUGUUUGGCGACACCUGGAGCUGGUCUGACCAGAGCUCUACGACUUUCCGCUACUGGGGAUCAGGAAGACCACUGGACCUUAACCUCAACUACUCCAACUGUGUCGCUAUGGACAUGAGUGAAUUUGGUUUGUGGACCAAUUAUAACUGUAACAACAAGCUGCCGUUCAUGUGUUACAAAGUUGCUGAAUCUACAAAGAGACAAGUGGUGGAAUUUAAAGUCACCUCAGAUGGUGAUCUGAAUAUGAUGAAGGAAAACAUCCUGAAGAUGAUUGGUGACAAUCUGAGAGCUCAAGGAAACAAUUAUUCCAAUCUGAGCUGGAGAGAGAGUAACGGACAAGUCUUCACUGCUGAGAAGAACGAGACCGCUGUAAAGCUUCCAGAAAGCUGUGAAGUUACACCACUGGUUAUUGAUAAUUCCACUCAAACUUAAUCUUUUUAAACGUCCUAAAUGUUCACUAAGCAGUUUGCAAAAGGAAAGAGUGCAUAUCUCUGUUAUCUAUAAUGUAACAUUAUUUACAUGUCAUCUAUACAUGUGUAAUUAGGAGUAGAUUGUAAAAUGCUACUGUAUUUUACUGUGUGCUACAUUAUUUCUGCUGUAGAAUGACAACAUUUGGGUUAGAUAUUAAAAGAUGAA